GAGUUUAUCUGGUUUACAAUGUUUCAGUUUGCUUGCUGUUUGUUCGUGUUCGUUGCUCUUUCGAUAAGCGAAGCAGUGAAUCCUGGUUUCAGAACGGAAAUCACUCAGAAGGGUCUCGAUUAUAUUCGCGAGAUUGGACUUCCAAGAUUGAUAAAUGAGGUUCAAAGUUUUGAUAUUCCCGACCAGAGUGGAGAAAACGACGGAUUCAAGUGGAAGUUGUCAGACAUCAAAAGUUCGAGUUUGGUAAUUCCGAAGUCGUCGUUGACUGUAGCACCUGGAAAAGGUUUGAAGCUGUUAGGCUCCGGAGCAUCAAUGAAAGUGACUGCUGCUUGGUCAUAUGAACUAGAGAUUUGGCCUCAUUUUCCUUAUGGAUCUGGUACAUGUGACAUUCCUGUGUCGAAUACAGAAAUGGGCGUGACCAUAGCUGUUGGAGCUGAUUCUAGUGGUCGCCCAACUGUCAAAGCUUUAGAUUGCACAUUUGACAUUGGCAGUAUCGAUAUACAUUUCCAUGGAAGUGACUUUGACUGGCUGUACAAUUUAUUUAACAGUCAAAUUGCUGGAUUUAUUAAGAGCAGCAUUCGUAGUAAGGUGUGUCCACUUGCUGUCAAUGCUAUUAAUGAGGAAGGCAACAAGGCACUAGAAACAUUACCAGUCGUAGAAAAGGUCAGCUCAUCUGCAGAGAUCAACUUUGAAUUAAUUCAGGCGCCCAUCUUCAACUCUACUUACCUUCAAACCCUCCAUAAGGGUGAAUUUUUGUAUGUUCCACAUCCAAUAGAAACUCCUUUUCAGCCACCUCCCUUACCACUCCCAUCCGCAACCAACUUCAUGUCAACACUAUGGCUAACCAACUACAUUGCAAACACGGCGGGCUAUGUGUUCUGGGAAGCGGGAACUCUCCAGAUAAACGUCACUCCUGACAUGGUGCCUAAAGACAUUCCAUUUCCAUUGAAUACAUCAACGUUCAAGAACAUGGUGCCUGCAUUGUAUGCGAAGUAUCCUAACAAGGCGAUGCAGUUGUUUAUUAAUGCGACGUCAGCGCCUGCGAUUACGGGAACGCCGAAAGGACUGAAUUUGACUGCGACAGGAGAUGUCGCUGUGUCUGUGAUUCUUGAUAAUAAGACGGUAGCUCCAGCGUUUACUGUGAGAGUGACGAUGUAUGCAAAGGCCGACGUUUGGCUCCACCAAAACGGAACAAAGGAAGUCCUGAGUGGAAACGCAACAUAUCUAUUCGCUAACAUAUCACUGGUGCAUUCAGAUAUGGGGCCAUUUGAUGUUUCCAAACUCAAUGAAUCUGUAAAUGCCCUCAUAGGGUUCGGUGUUGUUCCUUUAUUAAACGUUUAUGGUAAGACGGGAAUAACUAUUCCAGCUAUUGAGGGAGUUUCGUUUAAGAAUGCAACGUUACGUCUUGGAGAUAAUUUCGUUGCUAUUGACACCGACUUUGCUUACGAUACAUCAGUGUUAGAUCGUAAUGUAAGCAAAGGUGGAAAAGUAGUGGAAGAUGAAGACGAUGUGUUUGUUCACAUUGGAGAUCCUAAAGCUGAUUUUGUCAAUUCUCUAAAAUGAUAGACUCGCUUGAAUCCGUUGGCCUAAGACUUUGUUGCUGGAAUAAGUGUUUUAGGUUUGUGUCUACACUAUAUUAGAUUCUUUUAUUGUUACUUGCAAGUCAUAACUCUAUUGGUAUAUAGUGGUUUUAUGAAUUGAGUUAAUUGUUUUGUGUGCAUUGAAUGGUGGCACAAGCUUGUUUAUGUUUCUCGUGCACGUUAGAGAAGUUAGUGAAAAAGACUGGAAUUUGAAUCGAA